AUGUGGCUGGGUCUCCUCUUCUCUAUGAUAUGUCUCGUGGUGCUGGCUUCAAGUGCAGCAGACUCCCGCCCAUCUCCCGGCGUCCGGAAUCCAUUGGCGGAUACCUACCGCGAAAAGAUAGUACAGUGUCUCAUUCUGGGCGAAUACACCAAAGCGAAAUCCGGGCGUUACGUUCUUGAAACGCUGUACCACUACUUGACCGUCGAGUAUUCUAUUCAGAAGGAUGCCGAUCGAGAUAUCUGGAUCCUGUUGGGAAUCUCGGUCAAUAUAGCUUUGCGCAUGGGUUACCAUCGGGAUCUGUCGCACUUGCCAGGGAUCUCCCCAUUUGCGGGAGAGAUGCGACGGCGGUUAUGGGCCACGAUACUGCAGGGAGACAUCCUGAUUUCCACCCAGAUCGGCAUGCCGCGUAUGAUCAAGGCUUGGCAAUGUGAUACGGCAGAACCCCGUAAUCUGAAUGACUCGGACUUCGAUGAGGAUUGCUCCGAGCUUCCCCCGUCCAGACCAGAGAUGGAGAUGACUACAGUUUCGCAUCUGGUCGCUCGGCGGCGUAUAUUUGCCUCCCUGGGAGCGAUGAUCGAUUUCACCGCGUCAGUGCGACGGGUAGCAUACGACGAGGUAAUGCGAUUAGAUCGCAUUCUGCAUGACGCAGACACAACGGUUCCUGCCUACCUCCGGAUGAAGACAAUGGCUGCGGCCGUGACCGAUCCCCCACAAGUGAUUAUGAAUCGGCUCUUUCUCAGGCUGAUGUUCCACAAGGGUCAAAUGAUGCUACAUUACAAGAAUCUAACCCCGAGCCUAGUCGCAACUUCCGAUAACCAGACAUCGUACUCCUACUCGCGUAGCUCUUGCAUAAAGGCAGCGUUGGGUAUUUUGGAGAUCCAGCGAAUCCUCGACGAGGAAACUAUCCCGGAUGGGCAGCUUUAUAUGAUGCGAUGGCCAACUUCCUCAUUCAUGAAGCAUGAGUUUUUAACAGCCACGAUGAUGCUGUGCUUUCUCACACGACAGAGAUAUGGCAAUCCAGCGGUUCUGGCUGAUGGCCACAACUUGGACCAAAUCAUGGCAGCGUUAACAAGGGCACAUGGUAUCUGGUCAAGGUCAGGGAAUUCAUCGGUAGAAGCAAAGACAGCAGCAGACACUCUCGGCAAUGUUCUGGCUAAAAAGUCGGCUAAUUCUAGCAUGGGUGCAGAGGGUGUGAGGGAUGGAUGA